UAAUGAAUGAAUGUAUACCCUAAUUAUUUUUAUUAUAAUGAAUUCAGUUAUAAAUUAGUGAUAACUUUCGUCUAUGUAUUACAAACGAAUUUACUCCAAGAGAGCGACGUCCGUUAAUUGCAGGGAAUCAAUCAAACAAAACAUGAGUACAAACCCCACUAGAUGACGCAGUGUAGUGCAUGCGCUAUUCAGUGCAACGAGGAAGCACGCAGUUGUCCGAAAUGCCUCAAGACAUAUUGCUCAAGCUGCAACCUCUUAAAGCACAAGCUAGAGGCAUCAACCGGUCGACGGCGAAAUUGUAAAUGCUCACAGCUCAUCGCUCUAAAGACGACUGACCAUGUCACUAAUCCAAAAGAGCAGACCAUACAUAAUAAGAGACAAAUCCAAGGGGCAAAUGAAGUCUCAAAGCCAAACGGUACUGGCAAUUUGGAAAACAAUAGGGAGUUCACUGGACAAGCCCUUAAAGAUGAUACCACCCCAGAAAAGCCCAAAGGAAUGCAGUACACGGCAAUUAAUCCCAGUAAACCUCCGGAAUUGUCACAACAAAAGGCCGGUAUAGCACAAAAAAGAGGGGUUUCGAUACCACCGGGAAACACAACACCUGGAAGACAAUGUGCGGAGUGUGAAUCUGAUAGUAAGAAUGACAACAAAUGUUGCCGGGUGGUACCAAUGAAGUCUCAAUUUAAUUCGGGAAACUCUUCUUGUACAUACUGCAACAAAAGUUAUAGUAACUCAUCGAAUUUCGAAUUGCAAGAUUCGGAGGACAGUUAUUCACUGGCUGAUUUUUCCGAUGAUGAAUUAAUCGCAGAAGACCUAAACAUGGAUAAAUUCGAUGAGAUACCACCUUAUGAUGAGAUCCCUUAUGCCUUGAUAUGGUGCGGUGUUUAUGAUGAACAAAGCAUUCGAAUAGCUCAAACGAAGCAGAUGCAGAAAAAGCUGUUAAAAGACUUUCAAAAAGAAUCUAAAAUUCCUUCCAGAGUUAACAAAAAUGGACAAAUACAAAAAGUUCAUCAAAAACAUAAAGACACAGAAAAGGAAUUGAAUGAAUUGAUGAAUGGCUUAAAGGAUAUUGCCGAAGAAAAUUCGAGUAAGAACAAUGAGAAGCCAGAAAAUGCAUUGUUUGAGACUAGGCAACACCAGGAAGCUGAAACUGAAACUGAACAAUUACUCUCUAAACCAUUGCAAUCUACUUCUAUGAAAAAUGAGAUUUCAAAUUCUGACAGCGAAAACCCACCCUUCAGAACUUGUUCUGAAUCUCUUGAAACGACACGAAACAGUAAGAAGAGUACUGCAUAUAAACAUAAAGGCGACAAUUCUAAUCAUUAUUUGAAAAAUAAUGAAUAUUAUUUCAAGAACACGGGUUCAACUAUCCCAGAAACAAAGAAAGACGUUAAAAGGCCUCCGUCACCUAUAGCUAUCAAGUCGUCUUCAGAUGGAAAAAAUACGAAAUCAAAUUGUCCCAGUUGUAGGUAUGAAUCGGAACAAGAGAGAAGUAUGCGGGAAAAGCGCCUUCAAAAGUUUCAGCAAGAUCGAAAGUCUGCUCGCGCGGGUAGUCGGAAUACCCAAAAACUAGAUAAUAGGGAUCUCGCUCCGAACACAAAGCCUUUGUCAAAACCAAUUAAAUGUAAAGCUUUUAAGCAUAAAUCAGCAGUCGAAGUCCUAAACCAAGAGCAGGAUGAUAAGCAUGACAACCAAACGCACCACGAAUUGCCUUGUGAAGUGAAACAAGAGAACGUGUUGAAGGUCCGUGAUAAUUCUACGAGAACGGUAAAAGCGGACGAAAAACCAAGAGAAAUAUUAGAAACACAACAAAACUCGUCAUCAAAUGAUAUUGAUUCAAAUGAUGACAGUGUCGUUCCUACUGCUAUGCGAGCACUGCAUAUCUCCAAAGGGAAAGAUAAAGCAUCAAAAUCUGUACGUGAUUCAAAUGAUGACAGUGUCGUUCCUACGGCUAUGCGAGCACUGCAUAUCUCCAAAGGAAAAGAUAAAGCAUCAAAAUCUAAACGUGAUUUAACUGAUUCAUUUUUAGGCAACAUACUAAGCAAAGCAACAGAUAAAAUCAAACCAGCGUUGAAGGGAAGCGAAGAGCAGAACGAAAACAAAAGUUAUUUCUUAUCAAGCUUUGGUACUAGCAGUUUGAAAGAAAAAGUAAGCAAGCCAUGUAUGAGUGAUAAGGAAAAGCAGACGUUUAUUGACACCAUUGAAUCUACACUUGAGAAAAAAGCCGAAUCUCUUCAUUCUGCGUUUGAAUAUUUGAGGAAUAAACAAUCCAGACUUCCAAAAUGCCCAGCAUGCGGGAGUACAGAUUGCAAAGAAAAAAACGGAGCAGUUCAAGAGCUGGUAGUUGCAGCAAAAAAGGAAGGAUAUGAGGUCCAUGAUGUCUGUCCUGAUGGCAACUGCAUGUUCACGGCCCUUGUUGAUCAACUUGAGAUGUAUGGCGACACUCGAUUUGAUGCCAGAUCAUUGCGAGAAACAGCGGUCAACUGGCUGAAGGAACACCCACGCCUAAACGACGGGGAGAACACACACUUCCAGUCGUUUAUGGACGAAGACUGGGAUGCAUAUUUGCAACGAAUGAUUUUGGAUGGAGAAUGGGGUGACCAUCUACAGCUCAGAGCUGUGUCAAAUGUUGUGGGGAGUACAAUCAAAGUGUUGAGUACUCGAAACAGGGACGUUGUUUGGAAAAGUAUCCCCUCAGGGAUAGAUACACAUCCCAGUGACCGCGUGCUUACCAUCGGCAACGUCAGCGAACGUCACUAUUCAAGUCUCUGGCCAUCAGGAAGAAAUCUUGAAUCAUGGAAGUUUGAUAAGCAAUUGCCGUUGGAAGCACAACGCCCCGAGAGGCUGGACACUUAUAAAGACACAGCCGAGGUGGCCAUGUUUGCCAGUGAUUAUGUUGACCCAGAAAGCGGUGUGCCUUCAUGCCAUUUGUCAUUUCUUCUGAAUGCUGUAGCCCCACGACGUACAGUGUUAAAUGUAUCUGCAAUAAUAUCGUUGGACUUAUUAGAUGGAAUCAAUAGGCUUAUUGAACAAUGUAACUUUCCAAAGGAAACAGUUCCAGUACCAGUCGGUAGUAUUACAGAAGGCACAUUUCAUCCAUCACUUUGCUGGCUUGAGGGAAAAGAGGACGAGAUGCAAACUUGGCUUAAUUCCUGCAUAUUAAUUAAACUUCAGCUAUUGAAAGAUAUUGUUUGGGGAGAGGAAGGAUCAUAUUGUCACUUCGGAUAUACAGGAAUUAUAAACACCAGUCAAACCAUUCAUGGAAAUAUGCGUACAUUCCACGACAGUUCAUAUUAUCGGAAACGUUCAUCAAAUAUUCCGUUUCUGUUCAGGUGUACUCAACCCAAAGCUGAAGGGUCAGUUCCAAUGAUGUUAGAAUAUUGCGUCCCCAUUUCGAAAUGGCCAGAUCAAGCUAGAGAGUGGCUGAUCAGAAAGCGAUACCAAAACUGGCCCCCGCAACACAUAAGAUCUGAAAUUGAAUCAAAGGGCUGCGUCCUGUCAGCGUCGUGUCACCCUGCAAGUAACCUUCCACAUAUUGAAUGGAAGUACUUAUUUGCAGAAGCAGAGACGAUCUUGUUCAAGGAAGCACUUUCUGAACAUCAGAUGUAUUGUUACCUGAUAUUUCGAUACUUUUGCCUGCAGAAAUUUAAUGAAGUGAAACUAUUCAACAUAGACAUUCCGAACAGCAUAUUUUUCUUCAGUUGUGAAAGAAUUCCUUGUGAAGUGUGGGAAACGUCUGUUGCUGGAUGCCUUAUAUUUAUGAUGUCCGAGCUUCAAAGUGGAAUAAGAAAACGGGGAAUUCCACAUUACUUCAUAGCAAAGAACAAUAUGAUAGAUCAUUUCAGUGAGGAGGACAUACAUCUAGUCGAAGAGAGAUUGUGUCAGUUUCUUUCACAGCCAUUAUUACAUAUUCGAAACUUAAAUGAAAGUUUGAAUGAACUCAGAAAUUGUGCUUUCGUUUUUGAAAGGGUUAGCGACGAUUUGAAACAUUUUUCAAACGUGAAAACGUCAACACUGCAGGUGUUUAUACCAUGCCAGAUUGAAAUAGCCCAAAACUUCAUUAGACACUUUUAUUACGAGAGAGGUCUUGAGAAACUGAAUGAAGCUUUCCUAGAGCGCUUGGCAGUAAGUACUUGUGAUGACAGCAUGUCAUUCCAAGUGUUUCUACAAGCUGCAUUUAGCGGACUCGACUUUGCUGCAACAGUUUGGUUUGCCUUAUUCGCAGACAAAAUGCUUCACGGUCAACUCUCCAAAACUUUAAUGAGGGAAGUUUGCUCCGAUCUACACCUACUGCGAAUAGAUGAAGUACUGCCCAAGGACGUAGCAGGCGUUUACGCUGAGUCAGAGGUACCGGUGUCAUUUACGUUAGCGUUCGAUUCAUUUUGUCACGAUUACGCAGCCUUCCUUGCGUUUGCUGAGAAGAAAACAGAAGCCAUUAUCGUUCUCGAGUUUUGCGCAAAGAAGCACAGGCUAUAUCAAAGCCACCUGAAGGAAAUGACUGAGGCUGGAAUAGUCGUUGAAAGUCGUGCAUUUAAGGACGGGAACAUGUUCUGUGUGUAUGCAGCGAUUUUCGCACUUUACAACAAGGAGCAAGAGAAUGAGAAAUUCUGCGAAUAUUCGGACGAAGCAAGUGAACUCGUGAAACGGAUGAAAAGGGGCUACGCAUUGUCGUGGCUUAGCAUGGUAUUUGUAGUGCUUUACGGCGAGGCAGGUCUGAAAAGACUAGCGGACCAGCAGACGAACUCCAUGGCUUUUGAUAUAGAAAUGUCCAGGACAUUUUUAUAUUGGCCUCUCCGCUACUUGAUGGCAUAGUAUGUUUGGUUGAUAAACAUGACAUUCAAAACGGCUAGCAGUCGUUUUCUAAAAUCCAAUAUACAAAGUAAAAUUGAACAUUAAAAUUAUCAUUUUGUAUAACUAUUUUGGAAUUAUUGAUUCCAGGUAAAGUAAAAGUAAAUUAAAAAAAUGAAUUAAAAUUAUUUUUUUUCAAAUCUAUUAAAUGAAGUUAAGAAUCAAAUCAAGCAAAUUAAAUAAGCUUAAAAUUCAAUUAAUAUUAAAUUCCAACAAAAUAGAUAAAAUAUUAACGUAAUUGGAUCAAUAACAUAAUGAUAAUAGAGAUUAAAAAAAAAUAUGAAAAGAAUUAAGUUGGUGUUAAAUUAAAGUCUCAAUUUAAAAAAUUGUAAUAGUAUCUGAUGUAAAAAUCAACUGCAUAGAAACCACAAGUACUUAGAAGGAAAUAAAUAAUGCUUAGGCAUUCAUAAUCUUCAAUAUUGCAGUAUAUCGUUGUUGCUGUAAUGAAACUUCUGCUUUAGAGAGCUAUACUUAUUGAGAAUUUUCCCGUGCCAGAAUAUAACAUCGUAAUCAAAUCCCCAAUCUUUUCAUAAAUAGGUUCAUAAAUACAUUCUUUAAACGCAACAUAGUCAGUCGUCGCUGUGCUCAACCUUCUUGAAAAGUUUUUUUUUAUUGAUUUGUUUGAUUUGAUUAUAAGCGUAAUUUUAUUUUAUUCUAUUUUAUUUAAUUUAAUAUUAAUUUACUUUGCCUUUAGUUUGCUUUUAUUUUAACCUAGUAUUUGUAUUGUCACAAUGUGUCCCUCGAGGCUGAGAGUGGUCUAGUGGUAUAGGUGUCCAACUCUCACCCAAGAGGUUGUUGGUUCGAUCCCCACCAGGGGUACUUUCUCAUAGCUUCUCAAAAAAAGGACACCGUACUGGUUUCUGCCCAGGAAACGGACUUGAGAGUGAUUCUAUAAGCUAUCAGCUUUCGUCACAAUCCAGCUAAAAGAAAUAGUAUAAACCAAUGUCUCCCUAUAUUUUCGUAAAAUAUAUUCAGUUUUUAUCAUAUUGCAUUUGAUUUGCUUGUGUCGCAAUAACGACGGGCAAUCAUUGGAGCCACAAUAUUUGAUAUGCUUUGAAAAAAAACGUUCGAAACCUUUCUUCGUUGUAAUGCCAAUGAGUAGCAAAUGUAUGUAGACGGUAAGUUUGGUCUGUAAUAUUUCUAGAGUAACUAGAUAAGAUUCUUGUUACAUCUUACUAAGUGAAUUUCGCAAAUGAUAAGUAAAU